UCAAAAAAGAUCUUUUUUUUUUCGCUCUCUCCCCCGAAUCGAAGUGAUCUCUCUCAGUCUCAGGUUUGCUUUUUCUUCAACUACGGAUCUCCACGUUUACGAUGGCUUCUUCGUGCUUUCAAUUUCGGUUUCCGCUUCUUCUCAAUGUUCGUCGUCCUAUUCGCAUCGAUUACCCACGAAGCUAGGGUUUCGCCGAUGAAGGAUGAUGGAAUCAAAUCAAUCUGAUUUGUGUUUUUGUGUAAAGUUAGGAUCUUACACGUAAUGAACGCGCGAAAAUCAUCUGGGUUUUGAUUUGAAGAUCGAUCAUCUAUGGCGUAUCUGGAAUCGAUUAGGUUCUGGAUUAGAGUUAGACUAGGGUUAUGAAUGGAGAUUGGGUUUAGUUCGGUAUCUGUGGACUUGGUGCUCUACGAUACUUGGAGUGUUAGCAUGAACUUAGGAGAGUAUCAGAGGAUGGGAGGUUUUUGAUUCUCCUCGUCUUGUUACUCUUCUGAGAGUUUCUGCGGAUCAUCAUGGAUGAAGCAGCAACAAUGAUCGACUCUGUUGGUUCAGUCUUCUAAAGUUAGUGUUUUUCUCGAUGUGUUUUAUAGUAUGAGUUACAAGGCGCCAAGGAGAUACUCUAACGGAAGGAACUUCGGAGUGGAAAGACAACAAGAUUUUGUAGCUGAUAUAGUUCCCAGAAGACCUUAUGAAAACAAGGGUUCAAAUAAGUGGUCGAGGAAUCUGGUUUGGACGGCUUCAGGUGCCAACAAGCCAAGGAAGAAUGGUAACACCUAUGGGUCAACGAAACCACAAGUUUCAGGCGCAGGAGCUCUUGUGUCAAACCAGCAGAGGAAGGAUGCUGCAUAUGUGCAACGAAGCUCAUCAGUUUCAGACACGAGAGGUUGGGGGUCUAGUGAUAGAGGCAGUCCCAAGUCUAAGGAAUGUGUGUGUAAGUUUUGGAAAGCUGGAAACUGCAAGAAGGGUGAUCAAUGCUCUUUCUUGCACUCUUUGACUUGCCUCCCUGGAUUGGUCAUGGUAGCUGCUCUUGAAGGACACAAGAAGGAUCUAAAGGGGAUUGCACUUCCGCAGGGUUCAGAUAAACUCUUUUCAGCCGGUAGCGAUGGUACAUUGCGAAUAUGGGACUGCCACACUGGCCAGCGUGUUCAUACAAUCAACCUCCAGGCAGAAGCAGGGUCUUUAAUCUGUGAAGGACCAUGGGUUUUCCUUGGCUUGCCGAAUGCUGUAAAGGCUUUUAACGUUCAAACCAGUAAAGAUUUGCAUCUUAACGGAGUGGUUGGUCAGGUCCGUACUAUGACUGUUGGCAAUGGAAUGCUUUUUGCUGGGACAAGUUCUGGUAGUAUAUCUGUCUGGAAAGCAACUGACUCCGAGUCUGAUCCUUUCACAUAUCUCACAUCUCUGAAGGGACACCAUAGCGGUGAAGUCACAUGCUUUAUUGUUGGAGGUCAUCGACUAUACUCUGGUUCUGUUGAUAGAACAAUAAAGGUGUGGGAUCUCAACACACUGGAAUGUACAAUGACACUGAGGCACCAUACCGACACUGUUACUUCCCUCCUAUGUUGGGAUCAAUAUCUCAUAUCGUCUUCUUUGGAUGGGACCAUCAAAGUCUGGGCUUGUUCUGAAAAUGGCAGCUUGACAGUUACUAAUACACGCAGACAAGAACAAAGUGUGCAUACUCUUUGUGGGAUGAGCGAUGCAGAGGGAAAACCGAUUGUAUUUUGCUCUUAUGAAAACGGAACAGUCAGCAUAUGCGAUCUACCAUCUUUUGAAGUGAGAGGAAAGAUGUUCUCUACGAACACAGUCGGCACAAUCACGAUUGGUCCUGAAGGAUUGUUAUUCACCGGAGACAAGAAUGGGAAGUUGCGUGUUUGGAGUUUAGCUGGCACCAAAGUUUAGGCUGUUUAGCCAUUUUACAAUUUUUGGUUGAUUGAGUAUGUACAUACUUCGAUUUGAGUUAAGAGAUUGUCCUUAUGUAAUGACUCGGAUACUAAAUAUCCAUGCAUUAAAGUAAAUAUAUAUUAUGUGCUUUCAGGCUUUUCAGGCU